UUCCGGAUUUGCAACGUGACUUCCGGUUGUCAGAAUUUCCUCGGACGCGGCGGCGGCUGCAGAGAAGAAGCUGUGGACCUCGAGGUCGCUGUGGCCCCAGUGGUGGUGGGGUCCGGGUGAGCUCGCCUCAUCCUGCCCCCUCUGCGAUGCAUCCGAGGCGCCCGGACGGAUUCGAUGGCUUGGGCUAUCGGGGCGGUGCCCGGGAUGAGCAAGGCUUUGGCGGCGCUUUCCCUGCAAGGUCUUUCAGCUCGGCGUCUGACCUGAGCCACUGGGUGACCACUCCCCCAGACAUCCCGGGUAGCCGCAACCUGCACUGGGGCGAGAAGAGCCCGCCCUACGGCGUGCCCGCCCCCUCCACCCCGCUCGAGGGCCCAGCGGAGGAACCCUUUCCCGGAGGCAGCGGUGGUAGCGUGCCCGGGCAGAGCAGCGAACAGUUGAAUAGAUUUGCUGGAUUUGGUAUUGGACUUGCAAGUCUUUUUACAGAAAAUGUACUGGCCCAUCCUUGCAUUGUUCUACGCCGCCAGUGUCAGGUUAAUUACCAUGCUCGGCAUUAUCAUCUCACUCCAUUUACAGUCAUCAAUAUUAUGUACAGCUUCAAUAAAACUCAGGGACCAAGGGCCCUUUGGAAAGGAAUGGGAAGUACAUUUAUUGUCCAAGGAGUUACACUUGGAGCAGAGGGAAUAAUCAGUGAAUUCACACCUUUACCAAGGGAGAUUUCACAUAAAUGGAAUCCUAGACAAAUAGGAGAACACCUUUUACUGAAAUCCCUAACUUAUAUAGUGGCAAUGCCUUUUUAUUCAGCAAGUCUAAUUGAAACAGUACAGAGUGAGAUCAUUCGAGACAACGCUGGAAUUUUGGAAUGUGUUAAAGAAGGGAUUGGAAGAGUGAUAGGCAUGGGAGUGCCUCAUAGCAAACGCCUACUUCCGCUUCUUUCCCUGAUCUUCCCUACGGUGCUGCAUGGGGUUCUUCAUUACAUCAUCAGCUCAGUCAUUCAGAAAAUUGUCCUGCUCAUUCUAAAGAGAAAGACUUACAAUAGCCACCUAGCUGAGAGCACUAGCCCGAUGCAGAGUAUGUUGGAUGCUUAUUUUCCAGAGCUUAUGGCUAACUUUGCUGCGAGUCUUUGCUCUGAUGUUAUACUUUACCCACUGGAAACAGUUCUGCACCGCCUUCACAUUCAAGGAACACGCACAAUAAUUGACAAUACAGACCUUGGCUAUGAAGUGCUUCCAAUUAAUACACAGUAUGAGGGGAUGAGAGACUGUAUCAAUACCAUAAGGCAGGAGGAAGGAAUGCUUGGUUUUUAUAAAGGCUUUGGUGCUGUUGUAAUACAGUACACACUGCAUGCAGCUGUUUUACAGAUUACCAAAAUUAUUUACUCUGCACUUCUUCAGAAUAGUGUUUGAAAUUUAGAUUCCUGGUUAGUCUAAAAGACAUCAUCUGGAUGCUUCGUUAUGAAAUUAGAAGGGAUAAAAGUGAAGUACUGGGGUGGGAAAUGGAUUAGAAAGUGAAACUGGUAGCAAAAGCCCAUGCUGAUUAUAUUAACUCUUGUUUAAAAAGGCAUGAGUAUAUAUUUUGGAUUUGAAGUUUUCCAAAUUUGAAAACUGAAUAAAAAUAACAUGAAUUAAAUUCUAGCUAGUGUAGCACUCAUGCUGAACUAAAAAUGAUCUUGGGAAGAUUCAAAAAUUUGUCAGCAAACUGAAAACAACAUUUCAGUUAUUCCAGAGCCAAAUUUAUUUGAUCUGACUUUAGUAUGUAUUUCAUGUUUAAUUUCACCGUCUAGAUUGAUAUUGGUAUAUCAUUCUUACUAAGUGUACAGAAGCAGGAGAUCGUAGUUUACCUUUAAGCAAAUAAAUUAUGUUAUCAGUAAUAAAGACAAGGAUUAGAUUUGGCGCUCCGUAAACCAGAGCUAAGAGUUUUAAAGUGCACUGUCCCUGUAUAACUUUAAUGGCUGUACAUUUAUUAUAUAAGUCCAUUUAUAUGCAUACAUUUAACUUGGAAUUUCCUUCAUCCCUGUAAAAUUUCCACACUAAGAUCAGCUUACUGCAUCAAAUGAAGUCAUGUACUUUCUGCUUGAAUGUCACGACAAACCAUUAAAAGCCAAGGGACCUGAAAGAUUUAAGGCAAACAGCAUUAUUUGCCCAUAUCCAAACUCACCAUUUCAGUGCCAGCACCUUGAAAUUCAUCAUAUUUUUAUAAAGUUUGAUUUGCUAACCUAGUUUUAUGAAUCAUCAGGCUGUUUUUAGAGCCGCUCUUAACAGAGGAAGAACAUAAGAUAAUCAUGAUAACUAUUCCUGUUUCCACAUUUACAAAUUGUGUACUGAAGGGAAUGUUACUUGCUUUUCAUUUCUGAAUGACUUGUCUUAGAGAAGACACAAUUAACAUUCACCUGGGAAUCUGUCUCUCUUGCCUUCCAUAUAGUCAUCAUUAAAUAAUGGCUUCAGUUUUUUAUUUUCUAUUAGUUUUGUGUAUCGUUUCAUCCUCCAAACUAAAUACACAUAAAGGGAAAAACAGAUUUAUCCUUAUCAGCUUUUAUUGAAACUUUUUUGGAUGAAUACUGAAGAAAAUGGAAACCUUAAAGGAAGUUUGUCCUUGCUUUUUAUGAGUGAGAAAAAGUAAAUUUCAACAAAUAAUAAGUGAAAAAGUUGAUGAUACACUUUAAAAAAUUCUCUGUUCCUAAAUUGAAUUUGGUGGGAGAGACUCUUUGUAUAGUGAAAUGAUAUGCAUUUGACUGAUCAUCAUUAAACAUUUCGAAGUUUCAUUUCCUCGUGUGAGUGAUCAGUUUUACUGGGAACCAUUUAGCCCAGUGACGUACAGUGACUGCCUUGAUGUUGUCCAACUUGGAACGCGUACAAGCUGAGAUUUAUUUUACUUGCUACACGUCAGCAAAAUGGUUACUUUUUGUGACUAGUAACAUUGGAACCAAAAAAAAAUGAUAUCCAAAAUGUGUAAAACAGUAUAUAGGUAGCAUCUCUACUAUCUUGUGUGUUUUAAUGACUAAAACUCCUAAGUUUUCCAUGUUAAAAUUCUACCAAGAGGGGGAAAGUAAAAUUAAACACACGUUGUACUCUUCCAGAUUACUGUUUACUUUGUCCAGUUUAGUGACAUUUAAAUUGUUUUCAUUGUUUUUGAAUUACUGCAUACAUUUUUAGAUGUUUAUAAUAUGUCCAACUUCCUAAAGACGCUUUAUUUUAUUAUAAUCAAAGAAAAUGGUUUUAGAUAAGAGUAAAUUUCAAGUUUCAGGAAAUUUCUAGAAGAAAAGAAUCUGAAUGAAUUCAAGUAUUUACUAAUGAAAAUCUGUGGGAUCCUUUAGCUAAAAAUGAUAUUUCAAGAUUUGACAGACAAUGUCAUGAAGAUUCAGUUACAUGAAUUGUCUCGUGGAAUUGUUACAAGAUGAUAGGCUAAACCACACAUAGGUAGGCUGCUCUUAUUUUCUGUCUCUUUAAAAAAGGAGAAAGAAUACAAAUUAAUAUUAAAACUAAAACUGAAAUGUGGAAUACAAAAUACUAAUCUUUUAGUACCAUUCCAAAUUAGGUGAAACAUAAAAAAUGUUUAAAAUUCAAGCAUUUAAAUGCUGGCCAAAUAUGUUUAACUGCAUUUAGAAAGGAAUAUGUGAAAUAAACAUUGGGCAUGUUCUUUCCCUUUAAAAAUUACUUUAUUUCUUUAGUAUAUGGGUGCCAAAAUCAAAUACCCAUGAGCUACUUUUCUUAAGAUAAUAGCUUAGAAUAUUUUUAAUUCCGUAUAAUUGAUAGCAUCAUGAAUAAGAUUCUAUUAAAAUGUUCCAUAGUCCCAGUGGUCCUCUUAUAUAAACUAGACUUUGGCCAUGGAGCUGGAGUAUAAUAUGCUAAAUUUACAUUGCAGGGUUUAAUUUCAGUCAAAUAGUCUGAAAGCAAUGGAAUUAAAAACUGAAACACCUCGUAAAUACUAACUUACUCUGUUGAGUGAAUUUAUGAAUUGACUUACUAAAUCUGCUUAUAAAUCUCCUUCCUUCAAGACACUAUUUUAUGGUUUAUGGAAAAAUCAUCUCAAGGUUUAAACAAUUUAAGCCUCCAAACUCCAACACUAGCAUUGUAAAUAUGAAAUAGUAAAAACAAACUAAUUUUGAAAUGGCUAUGGAAUGUGGCAUUUGAUAACUUUAGCCAGUGUUUUGAGGAAUAAAACUGGAGAAGAGGUCUAGCUCACCUUUGCAGAUGUGCUUGACUCCCCACAGUUGUCUUUUCAGCACUGGUUUUGUUACGAAUUUCUACGUAUUCAUACAUCUCAGAAAAGAAAAGAAAACACACAACUUUGACACUCGAUUUUUUGACAACUGAGAUUGUGUAGGAUGUUUGCCCUCAGUUUGCUUCCUAGAUCUGUGGCGGCACAAAAGACUAAUCCUACUAACUCUGGAAAAGAGCCAGGUGUGCAUUAAUUCUUUUCAAUAAUAUAUAAGCAAAUAAAAUCCCCUUAGUAACAAUUCACAUUGCACUAGAAUUCAACAGAUAACUUCAGCAUUUCUUUCCCUUCUCUUUCAAAUAGUUGUACAUUGCUCUCCCUUUCUCUCUCCCUCCUGUCAUGUAAACUGGAUGUAUAAUGUCCUUUUAAGUCACUGAGUAUCAUUAAUAUGGUACCAAGUUGUAUAACAGAGUAACAAAAACUUGUGAUUUGACAAUGAAUCUUAUACAAUAUUACCUCAGCUAGAGGAGAUGUUUUGUCUGUGUGUGUGGGUUUUUUUUUUUUUAAGUUGUUUUUGUUUCACUGGUAUUUUAAUGUUUUAAGUAAAUUGUAUAAUAUGAAAAGGUUCAAUAAAAUGUUGAAAUAAAAUCAGUAAUAUUCUCUUA